AUAUAUAUAUAUAUAUAUAGUACGAAAAAGACCUAAAUAUAAUAGUAUGGGCAAUAUUUUAGAAUUCAAAGCUUUGUACUUGGCCAUUUCUGAACUCAAAUGAAAUUGAGUUCUGCAAAGUUGUCUAAAGAGUCAAAGGGAGCCUCUCCAAGCCAUGGAGGACACCAUAAGAAAUCUCUUCACUCUAAACGGCCAAGCCACUGCUCGGUUCUUCCGCUACGACCGGUCGAUCAGCUCGAGCAAUGGCCGUCAGCAACGGUAGACAUGUACAACAGCGACAACAAUCAUCAUCAUCAUCAUUGUCAUCAGCAGCAGCAGCAGCAGGCUCAAACUAGCCACACAUCAACUAGCCGUUCAUCGGACUACUUGGCCGGUGGUCGCGGAGACAGCGGGGAGGCUAGCGGCGCGGGUGACAAAUGGGCAUUGAGGCUUCUAAAGGAAUGUGCUAGAGCCAUCUUCGACAAGGAUUCUAGCAAAGUCCAUCACCUUCUUUGGAUGUUGAACGAGUUGGCUUCACCUUAUGGAGACUGUGAUCAGAAACUAGCUUCGUAUUUCCUGCAAGCACUGUUUUGUAAGGCUACCGAAUCGGGACGACGAUGCUUUAAAACCCUAACUUCGGUUGCCGAAAAGAGUCACUCCUUCGAUUCUGCUCGGAAGCUAAUCCUUAAGUUCCAAGAGGUGAGUCCAUGGACAACUUUUGGUCACGUAGCCGCCAAUGGUGCAAUUUUGGAAGCCUUAGAUGGUGAAUCUAAGCUUCACAUCAUCGACAUAAGCAAUACCCUCUGCACUCAAUGGCCGACUUUGCUCGAAGCGUUGGCCACUCGAAACGACGACACCCCGCACCUGAAGCUCACCGUCGUCAUCACCGAGAAUAUCGUAAGAUCGGUUAUGAAGGAAAUAAGCCAGCGGAUGGAGAAGUUUGCUAGGUUAAUGGGUGUACCCUUUGAGUUUAAUGUGAUAAGUGGACCGAAUCACUUAGGUGAACUCACCAAAGAGGCACUCGGCGUUCUCGAAGACGAAGCCGUCACGGUGAAUUGUAUCGGAGCCUUGCGGAGAGUAUCCGUCGAGGAAAGAGCCUCUGUGAUCCAGAUGUUCCGGUCACUAGGGCCUAACGUCGUGACGUUUGUCGAGGAAGAAGCCGAUUUUUCAACCACUCGACACGACUUCGUCAAAUGCUUCGAAGAAUGCCUUAAAUUCUACACUUCCUACUUCGAAAUGCUCCAAGAAUCCUUCACUGCAACCAGCAAUGAGAAGCUUAUGCUCGAGAGGGAGUGCUCGAGGAGCAUAGUUAUGGUUUUAGCUUGCGACGACGACCAAGACAACGAAGGCGAGUGCGAGAGAAGAGAAAGAGGGACCCAAUGGUCCGAAAGACUCAACCAAGCUUUCUCGCCGGUUGGGUUUAGCGACGAUGUUGUCGACGACGUCAAGGCGUUGCUAAAACGGUACAAAGCCGGAUGGGCACUCGCACAACCACAUCAAAAAGAAACAGGACUUUACUUGACAUGGAAGGAAGAACCAGUAGUAUGGGUAUCAGCAUGGAAACCCUUGAAACAUAGCCAAAACUACAGAAACUGAACCAUUUGGCACUGCAUUUAUGCUAGAAUUUGGAAGCAAAUCAAAACAUGCAGAAUGGAGUUCAUUGCUUUUGCAAUUAUCUUUCUUUUGAUCAUUUCAUAUAUAUCAUAUAUAGAUGUAGUUACAUAUAUGCUUGUAUUUUAUUUAAUGUUUACUUUUUUUCAGCUUUAUGCUUUGGAGUUUGUGAUGUUCCUUUUUUUUCUGAUUUAGAUCAUUAUUCUUGUUUGAAGGUGUUUGA